AUGGUGGAGCAAGAGGAUCAGAUUGAAGAAGUAGAAGGCACUGGAAAUGAGGUUCUGCUUGGUUCUAUUGGUAAUCCUAUUGUUGAAAAAGGAAAGGAAGGUAUUGAUGAGAAUCAUGAGCAUAUGGAGGACGAGACAGAGGAGGAACAACAACGGAGUGUCGAUGCGUCUGUGGAGCUGGAUGAUACGGAUGUUUCCUCUGGCUUUGUUAUAGAGAACAUAUCGUAG